GUGGAUUUAGAGAAUUUUAGAUGGUAGCACCGGCGGUUUGGAUAAUUUCAGACGGCAACACCGACGGUUUGUAGAGACGACAGCACCGACGGUCUGGAGAAUUUCAGAUGGCAGCACCAGAAACUGAGAGAGACCGUAGUGAGAUAAAUAAGAGUGGUUGGGAAAUAAGAGAGAUGGUAGUGACAGCUAUUAUGAUUGGUUGGAUGGAUAAUAAAUGAUGGGAGAGAAAGAUAAUGGGUCUGACCAUUUACCAGUUUUUUUGCAUUCAAAAUAUUGCCACGUUCCAAUGCUGUAACAAAAUAUGCCAUGGCUGAUAUACAAAUAGAAUUUUCCUUUACAAAUAACUAGUAAAAUGUCAUGCGGAUAUCCAAUUCCAAGUCAACUCUGAACAAAAUCUGCAGUGUCAUGAAAGAUUUACUUUGUGGAAUGCUUCCUUCUAGUUAGCAGAGUGAUAAUUCAUGUGAACUAAUCAAAAUUUUCUUCAAACCAUGACUUUCUUUCAAAUUUUUCUCUUCACCUAUGUUCUUAGCAGUUCUCCAAUCUUCACAACUUCCCAGCCUUUUGAUUAUCCAACAGCAACACUUUCAACUUCAUGGAUCAACAGCGUCUCUGCAAAUCAUUCUAUAGAUUUUACAGAUGGCUCAACAAUAAGGGCCAUCCUUCUGAGGGGAACGUUUGGUCCAAGAUAUGCCUGUGGGUUCUACUGCAAAGGGAAUUGUGAAACUUAUCUCUUUGCCAUUUUUAUUGUUCAAACGAACAGUGGUGGAGGUAUUACUUCUCCCAGCAUAGGAUUCCCGCAGGUUGUCUGGUCUGCUAAUCCAAACAAUCCAGUUCGAAUCAAUUCAACUCUGCAGCUCACAUAUAAUGGCGAUUUGGUCUUGAAAGAUGUUGAUGGCACUUUGGCAUGGUCUACAAACACUGCAAGGAGGUCUGUCGCUGGCUUAAAUUUGACCGAAAUGGGAAACCUUAUUCUAUUCGAUGAAAAUGAAUCUGUGGUUUGGCAGUCGUUUGAUCAUCAUACUGAUUGUUUGGUUCCAGGACAGAGAUUGAAAUCAGGGCAGAAUUUAACAGCUAGUGUUUCAUCAUCUAAUUGGACUCAAGGAGGUAUUUAUUUGUCCAUGACUAAUCAGGGUUUAAUUGCAUCUAUAAGAUCUAAUCCUCCUCAAGUCUAUUUUGAAUAUGGGAUUACUAAUGUUAAACUAAGUUAUGCUAUGUUUAUAAAUGGAAGUCUGGAUUUAUAUACGAACUCUACAGAGACCAGUCCCUUGGCCAAGAUUGACAUUCCUCCAGCCAGUUCAGCCCAGUACAUUAAAUUGGAUUAUGAUGGGCAUCUUAAAAUUUUUGAAUGGCUGACAGGAUGGAAGGAGGUGGCUGACAUUACUACAGGUUAUCUUGGUGAAUGUAACUACCCAAUGGUUUGUGGAGAAAAUGGAAUUUGCUCAAAUGGGCAGUGUAGUUGUCCCACAUCGACCACGGAUUCAGCAAACUAUUUUAAGCUGAUUGAUGGUAGGCAACCUAAUCUUGGUUGUUCUCAAGUCAUCCCUCUUACUUGUGAUGCUUCAAAAUUUCACAAGUUUUUAGAUCUUGAUGAAGCCACUUAUUUCACCUUCACUGCAGACAUUAGUAGUACAAACAUUAAUCGUUGUAAAGAAGCAUGUUUAAAAAACUGUUCCUGUAAAGCUGCGAUUUUUCGUUAUGGCUCAAACUCUUUUGAUGGGGACUGCUAUUUACCAUCUCAGAUAUUUUCACUGAUGAACAAUGAGAAGGACAAGAGCCAUUACAAUUCCACUAUAUCUAUCAAAGUGCAGGUUCCUCCGAGUGCAAUACCGCCUUCAGUAGAUUUGUCUCCUGCCUCUGCUACCAAGGGAAAGAAGAGUCCUCUUGGCGCUAUAUUAGGAUCCGGUAUAGGAAUUUUAUUGGCAACUGUUGCAAUUGGAAUUUUAGUUUUCAUUAUCUGGAAGAAAAGAAAAAAUCUAAGGGAAGAAAUAGAGGAGGACUUUUUAGAUCAACUACCUGGAAUGCCAACCAGAUUUUCAUUUGAAGACUUAAAAAAUGCCACAGAGAACUUCAAUAAAAAGCUUGGUGAGGGAGGAUUUGGUUCAGUAUUUCAGGGAACUCUAAAGGAUGGCACUGAAAUCGCAGUUAAAUGUCUUGAUGAAAUGGGGCAAGUUAAAAAAUCCUUUCUAGCUGAGGUUGAAACUAUUGGUAGCAUUCACCACGUCAACUUGGUUAGGCUAAUUGGAUUCUGUGCUGAUAAAUCUCAUAGGCAUUUAGUUUAUGAGUAUAUGAAGAAUGGAUCGCUAGAUAAAUGGAUAUACGGAAGAACCACUGCAACUCCUCUUGAUUGGAAACGCAGAAAAAAGAUCAUUCUUGACAUAGCAAGGGGAUUAUCCUACCUCCAUGAAGAGUGCAGGCAAAAAAUUGUUCAUUUGGAUAUCAAGCCCCAGAACAUUCUUCUUGAUGAGAAUUUUAAUGCUAAAUUGUCUGAUUUUGGACUUUCUAAACUGAUAGAUAGGAACCAAAGCCAAGUUGUGACCAACAUGAGAGGUACUCCCGGCUAUCUUGCUCCUGAAUGGCUAAGUUCAGUCAUAACAGAGAAAGUAGACGUUUAUAGCUUUGGUAUUGUGAUCCUCGAAAUUUUGUGUGGUAGGAGAAAUUUUGAAAAAUCCGAGCCUGAGGAGGAAAGACAUUUACUGAGUCUUUUCAAGACAAAAGCACAGAAUGGACAAUGGUUAGAUUUGAUUGACAAACACUCCGAAGAUAUGCAGUCUCAUGGAGGAGAAGUUGUGGAGAUGAUGCAGGUUGCUGUUUGGUGUUUACAAGGUUAUUAUGCCAACAGACCUUCAAUGUCAACGGUGAUCAAGGUCUUGGAGGGUGUUAAAGAUGUUGAGAAAGAUUUAGACUAUAACUUCGUGAGCCCAGAGAUUGCAACAAACAGAAUCCCAGAAGUUGAUUCUCGAGAUGCAACUCCAUUGCUCCCUUCAACUCUAUCAGGACCACGGUGAAUCAUGAAAUUCUUGUAGCUUUCAAUGUAGUAAUGCAAUGUCUUAUCCCGCUAAUCUCGUGGAAGUUAAUUUCCUGCCUAGUUUUCUGCAAAACUCAAGAAUAAGAGUUGCUCAUUUUCCUCGUAAGUGUUUACUCUGACCUUCAAAUUGUUCCUGGAUUUCUCAAGUUUGUAGCUGUUAUAUACAAGUUAUGAGACUCGAUUUUUAUCCAAGUCUAGUGUAAAAAAUAAUCUUA